AUGACCUCCUAUCUGGCACGGCUCAGCCCGGUGCCAACAUUCCCCGAAUAUACCGGUCCUCAUGAAGUAGGUACCGUCGACAUCGAAUUACCUGCUGCAGAACUCGACGCGGUUUCUCCUUCCCCGGACGAGAAUCUAUCAACGAUUCAGUACCGCGUCUUCUAUCCUUGCGAACCGGAUUCCAAGCUGAAAACUGUGAGCUGGCUUCCAACCCCCCAACGAGAAUAUGUGUCCGCAUACACUAGAUUUCUUGGGGCUGGGAGCUUGCUCGCAGACUUCAUAUCAUUCUUUCCACGUCAUCUACAUUCCAUAGCGAUACCUGUCCGAAAGAAUGCUCCGAUCCUCAAACCCACGACCGAAAACAAGAAAUGGCCUGUCAUGUUCUUUUCACAUGGUCUGGGAGGGAAUAGAAACGCAUACUCACACCUCUGUGGUUCAAUUGCCAGUCAUGGCAUGAUUGUGAUUGCACCGGAACACCGGGAUGGCUCUGCUCCCAUUUCCUACAUUCGCGAUGUACCUUCGAAUAAUUCUCUUUCUGAGAAGUCUGCGGCACGCAAAGCAAAGCGAACGAUAGGCUAUACUCGAUAUUCGCAUACACCCAGCCCAGAGGUUGAGGCGGGUCGAAAUACACAAUUGAAGAUCCGACUCUGGGAGCUGGGUCUUAUUCACGACAGUGUGCUGAAGCUGGAUCUUGGCGAGCAGUUGAAGAAUUUGAACACCUCAUUCUCAUCCCUAGAGCAAUUCAAAGGCAUGUUGGAUGUGCACACCCCUGGAAAAACUAGCUUCGCAGGGCACUCUUUCGGCGCUGCAACUGUAGCUCAAUUCGUUAAGAGUAUCUUCUAUUCCCCACGAAACCACGAAGCACCCGCAGAAUACGAAUGUCUCUUCUCGCCCUCAUCCCGCUCACCCCUCAUCUCCCAAAUCACGCCCCACACCCCCAUCAUCCUCCUCGACAUCUGGUGUCUCCCCCUACGCGCCGAAUCCACCCGCUGGCUCUGGGACCAGCCCUUCCCGUGCUACGCCCCCGAGGGCCCAGGCGGAUCCGCCCUCCUCGCCGUCGAAUCCCAAGCCUUCUACAACUGGCGCGUUCAUCUAAAAGCCACCAAACGCCUCCUGUCCCCCGAUCCCAGCUCCUCGAAUUACGGCUUCGGUACGGUGGAAAGCAAGCAGAAAUGGGCAGAGCCAAACUUCUUCUACGCUAUCUCCUCCGCCCAUCUCUCUCAAUCAGAUUUCGGGCUCCUGUUCCCCAGACUCACGAAACAUGUCUUUGGUUCCCAAGAACCGGAACGGGUCAUGAAACUCAAUGUAAGAGCAGUGCUGCAACUAGUUCGCUCGAACGGCAUUCCGAUAUCGAGCACAUCAGCUCAAGACAUGGAGAUGCUGGACGGGAAAGAAGGUAUCGAGACAAGCAGCGAUGAGAAGAUAUUCGGCAGGAAAGAGGAGGUGAGGGGCUGGAGUUGGAUCAGUACCGAUGUGGAGGAUUUGAAGGAUGUGGAUGAUGAGGCGGAGGCGAAGGGGGAUGUGGAGAAUACGAAGGUUAAGGAGCCCAGUCAGGUGGUGGUGGGGAAUGAGAUUAUGAAGCAGCAGGAUGGGACGGCGGAACGGCUUUGA